AUUUAUUACAGACAAACAUACUCAAACACUAACAAACAACAACUAUUAAUUAUCUGGUGGUUAAGAAAUAAAGGAGUUUCAAUAAACAACAAAAUGCAUCAAAUCUUUCCCUUCAUCCACAAUAAAUCUCUUGGUUUUUAUAAUCCAUGGUUACAGGUAGUCCCACAUGGUUUGCUUCUCCUAAUCCCCUCUACAUGUACACAAUAAUUUCUCCAUGCAUUUAAAUUAUCAAUGCUUAGCAUCGUUAGAGUUCAUCAUCAAUGGCGAGCGACGGGCGAAAGAGAGAAGGCGUCUACGUGUACGACAUGGUCACCGGAGCUCCGCGAGCGCCUGCGGCCAAGAGCGCGUGGGGAUCGCUUGUGAGGUCAAAGACUUUUAGAGAGAGGAAGGAGGUGGCGGAGGCGCCGAGGAGAUCGGAGAGGAGGUCGGUGUCGGGGGCGGAAGGGAACGUGGGGGCGGUGGCGGCACUGCUGCAAGUGAAGGUGUUGGCGAGUGACAUGCCGGGGUUCAUGCAGCUGCAUGUCUUCCGAUGUGCCAGAACUACUUACGAUGCAUUGGACAAGUUUAGCUCCAAACAUAUGGCUUUCAACAUUAAAAAGGAAUUCGAUAAGGUGUAUGGACCUGCGUGGCAUUGUAUUGUUGGAUCGAGUUUUGGGUCAUUUGUGACGCAUUCAACCGGAUGCUUUCUCUAUUUCUCUAUGGAGAAGCUAUACAUUUUGGUGUUCAAGACCAAAGUUGAAAGAGCAUUACUUGAUCAAGUUUAAAUCUACAAAUUCAUGUUCCUUUUUCUUUCUCAUCAAUCGUUACUUUUCUAGCCUCCAAGCAUAUGUGUUCCCAAUUACUACAAGUACAUAAAAAAACUGAGGUUUUUUAUAGAUAGAAUUUACUUAAUUUAGCCUCUA